ACUAGAUCGUUCCACACUGGCGUUGCCACUCCGCUGGCACACGUGUUGGGCGGAUAAACAAAUUGUUGAACUGCAAAGACCAAACGAAACGCAGAGACCCGCCAAAUCCCGACGAGAGACAGCCAUGCCGCCGGACAUCGAGAUCAUAGUGGGCACCUACGAGGAGUACCUGCUGGGCUACCAGCUGUCCGCAUCGCCGGAGGAAGCUGCUCCGGCUGCGGCUCCUGCUCCGGCCAAACUGAAGCUGAAACAGACCUUUGCGGACAAAUCGCACGCCGGAUCCAUUAAAUCGGUGGCCGUCCAAGGACCCUGGGUAGCCAGUGGCGGCAGCGAUGACAGGAUCUUCGUCUACGACAUGCGGACACGGAAACAGUCGCAGAUCCUGCUGUCGCACGCGGGCACAGUGAAUACGCUGCAAUUCUCGCCGGAUCUGACGCACUUGCUCUCGGGCAGCGCCGAUGGCCACAUGAUAGCCACCCGCGUGGGCAGCUGGAGCAUCGAGGGCGAUUGGAAGAAGGCCCACGCCGGCCAGCCCGUCACCCACAUCAGCUGCCAUCCCAGCAGCAAGCUGGCCCUGUCCUUGGGCGGCGACCAGGUGCUGAACACCUGGAACCUGGUCAAGGGACGCGUGGCCUACAAGACCAACCUGAAGAGCAAGACCACGCUGGGCAGCCAGCCGGACUGCCUGUCCUGGUCCACCCAGGGCGACCACUUCACGCUGAGUGGUCCCUUGUGCCUGGAGAUCUGGGACAUCAAGAGCGCCCAUGUGGUGCGGCGCUGCAAGAUGCCAGCGAAGCCCAUCUGCGUCGCCUGGCUGGAUGGUAACGAGUGCCUGGCUGGCUUGGAGAACGGCAGCAUUGCCUGGAUUUCCCUCAAGGAUGAGGAGGAGGCUUCACCAACUAUCAUUCCGGCGCACGAGGCGAGGGUUAAGGCCAUGGCCUAUCUGAACGAAUCACUGGCCACCGUCUCCAGCGCUGGAGAAAUCAAAGUCUGGAGGAUCGAUCUCGAAGAGCGCGAGUUGGAGGAGAUUGCCAGCACCAACAUGGACUGUCGACCCACUGGCUUGGGCCUGCUGGAUCUGGGCCAGUUCGGCAAUACCCGUCCCCUGGAGCAGCGCAUCAAAGUGGAGAGCAAGCCAAAGGCCAAGACGGAGCCCGGACAAACGGCCAAGCCGGCGGCGCCUCGGGGAUUCGUGACCAUCGAGUACGAACAGGAUGAAAAGCAGGAGGCCGAUGAGGAGUCGGUCGCCACUCCCAACUCCAAGCAAAAGCCCAAGCAAAAGAAGAAAGAGGCCGAGAAGGCGCCACAGAGGAAACCUGAGGAAUCCUCCGACGAAAGCAACUCCUCGGAGGAAGACAGCGAGGACUUCUCCGACAGCGACAGUGACGCCUCCAAUGAUGGCGGCCACCGAAAGAGGAGGCCACCCAAGCGGAAACAGCCACCAACGCCCUCCUCCAAACGAAAAGUCAAACAGCAGAAGAAGAAGUGAUCAUUCGAUAACCCUUAAUUCUACUCUAUGUUAUGACUGUCAAUAAAGUUGAGUUUAGAAAUUUAGAAAUAUGU